AUGCGUGUAAUUCUUCUUUCCCUUCUCGUGACUCCGAUCCUUGCUGUGGUGGGACCUGAGUCUCUGGGGUCAGAUAUCUCCAUUCUACUGCAUAAUAAUCUAUUAGAGGCAGAUAGUCCACUGGUAAACUCAAGCGUCAUAAUUCUGGGUGACAAGAAUUUGGAGGAAGCGACCGAAGCCUGCAAUGCGCUCGGAGAGUCACUCUGGGGCAGUUCUCCGUCGACACCUGCAGAAAUCAAGCCUGAUCUUGAAUACCUUUCAUACCGUGGCGACUACAAAGGUUAUCAGCGUUUCUGGAUAUUACCAGUCAACAGCACUGGUAGGACAAUCAAUCUGAAAGGAACUAUUGCACCGGCAGAGAGCAACCAUCUUUACCCCGUGCUUUGCACACAGAAUGCUCCUUAUUCGACAGAAGACUACCAGAACACAAGCAGCCAGUAUCAAGUUACAGUGCAUGCGAACAAUGAAUACCUCACAGGGUAUCGUGAUCAUGUUAUAUUCCGGUUCAUUGGUGUCCGCUUUGCUACCGAGAAAGAACGAUGGACCUAUCCAGAACAAUAUACAGGCAGUGGAGGCAACGUAUCUGCUUUGAAAUAUGGGUCCGUGUGUCAGCGCGACGAAAAUGGUAAUGAAGAGAACUGUCUCAUUCUGAAUAUCUGGACUCCUUACCUCCCUCGUCAGCCGGCAGAGAAGAAGAAAUUGAGACCAGUAGCAUUCUGGAUCCAUGGCGGUGCCUUUACUGGCGGAAGCCCGGACGAUCCAUACUACGAUGGAGGGAAUCUUGCAUCUAGGGGCGAUGUUGUCGUGGUUGGGAUCAGCUACCGACUCGGAACCCUUGGCUUCCUCGCUUUGAAUGAUGGCAAAACCAACGGCAACUUCGGCCUCGCUGACCAAAUCGCUGCCCUUGAUUGGGUCCGCCAGAACAUCGAAGCCUUUGGAGGUGACCCCGACCAAAUCACCAUCUUCGGUCAGUCUGCCGGAGCAGCCUCUGUGCGAGCGUUGCUGGCUUCGCCUAAAGCAAAGGGAAAGUUCAGCCGCGCUAUCAUGCAAAGCAACCUCGGGGGUCUUGCAUAUGGCACCACUUACUCACGGUACUAUACCGUUAAUGAGGAGAUGGAUGUAGCCGGUGAUGCCAUUCUGAAAGAAACUAACUGCACUUCUGCGACAUCGCCUGUGGACUGUCUCCGGAACUAUACCGCCAGUGCCAUAUCCGGGCUAUCAACCACCGCGCGAUACCUCGUCGUUGACGGGACAUAUCUGACCAGCCCUCAACUUGAUCUCAGCAGCUACACAGAAGCAUCGCGUGUACCUGUUAUGAUGGGCAUCAUGCGUGAUGACGGUGCCCAGUUCAUCAGCUAUCCAAAUGCCAGCGAGAGUAUUGACACUUUUCUAACUGAGAAUGACCUGCCCGCGUCUGUCCUCGCAAGCGGCCUUUUCCCUCUAGCCACUGGCCCCAAUGCCACACUGAACAUGUUCAACACCUCUGCUCGUGUGGCAACUGACGGUAUGUUUCGAUGCAUUGAUGAAGCAACAGGCUAUGCAGGCGUCGUCAACAACAUAUUCCCUGAGGUAUACUUCUAUGAGUUCAACCGGUCCUAUGAGCUCGAGGGUCAAGUAUAUAACGGUCGAGUAUGCUAUGCUCCCCCGACGGCAGAGUAUCCAAACGGUGACCCGAAUUUGGAAUACUGGAAGUGUCAUUCCGGGGAUCUGUACUAUGUCUUUGGGAAUCUGCGGCGUUUGAACCAGCCAUUCAGGGAUGAGUAUGAGCUACCGUUCGAGCAGUACGUACUGGACUCCUGGAUCAGUUUCAUUCGAACUGGUAAUCCGAAUCCGGAUCCGGAGUUGUUGAGAGCUAGGGGCUAUGUGAAUACCACCCGGGCUGUGGAGGAAAGUGGUGCGUGGCGGCCUUUGCGAGAGGGGGACUAUAGUUUGAGGAGAAUGCAAUGGCCUCCGUAUCAAACUGCAUUCAAUGAGGUGGAGCAGUGCACUGCGUUGGAUUUGCCGCUGAAUUACUAUGUGUGA